CAUUUCACAUAAAAAUUAAAUUAAAUAACACAAAAACAGUUAUACUAUUCUUCUUCUCUUCUUCAACCUCACUCACUUUUUCUCACUAUGAAAUGAAAACUUCAAAAUAGAAGAAAAAUCAUCAUCAUUACACAAAGUUACAAACCUUGAACCUUUAAGAAUGGUUUCUCUAGAAGAUUCUCGUUCCAAUUCAAAUCGUUUUCCAUUACCAAAAACCUAUCAAUAUCAUUCAUCUAUUUCUUCAAAAUCACAGCGAAACAUAGGAAGAUCCAUGCGAACAAGAAGAUCCAGUAUCUUCGAUGAAGAUAACAGUAGCUGCACUUUUACCGAAAGAUCCACCUGUGUAUCGGAAAAUCUCACCGAUUCCGUCGUCGACCUCCGUCUCGGUGAACUCGCUUCCAAGAAUCACAAAUCCGGAAAAUCAUCAACUUCUGAACAAGACCUUCUAGAUCUUUCUCAAGCUUUUAGUGAAUAUGCUUAUUCAGCUUGUAGUAGUGAUAUCUCCGGUGAGCUUCAACGGUUGGCGACGUUACCGUCGCCGGAGUGUGACGGUGGAAGUGGUGUUGGAGGUGAUGGUGUGGUUGAAGUUGUUGAACCGGAGCCUUGCAUGGGGUUUUUACAAAGAGAGAAUUUCUCGACGGAGAUUAUUGAGAGUAUUUCGCCGGAGGAUCUUCAACCGACGGUGAAGCUUUGUGUGGAUGGUUUACAGUCUUCUUCAGUGGCUGUGAAACGGUCUGCUGCGGCGAAAUUGAGGUUGCUUGCAAAGAAUCGAGCUGAUAAUCGUGUUUUGAUCGGUGAAUCCGGUGCUGUACCUUUGCUUGUUCCUUUGCUUCGGUGUAGUGAUCCAUGGACACAAGAGCACGCGGUGACGGCGUUGUUGAAUCUUUCUCUUCAUGAAGAUAAUAAGAAACUGAUAUUUAAUGCUGGAGCUGUGAAAUCGUUGAUUUAUGUAUUGAAAACUGGGACAGAGACUUCUAAGCAGAACGCCGCUUGUGCUCUGCUGAGUUUAGCGUUGGUGGAAGAGAAUAAAAGCUCAAUUGGAGCUUCGGGAGCGAUUCCACCAUUGGUUUCGCUUCUGUUAAACGGUUCAAACAGAGGGAAGAAAGAUGCAUUAACGACGCUGUACAAGCUUUGCUCUGUUAAGCAGAACAAGGAGAGAGCUGUUAGUGCUGGUGUGGUGAAGCCGUUGGUGGAGCUGGUGGCUGAGCAAGGGAAUGGGAUGAUGGAGAAAGCAAUGGUGGUGUUGAAUAGCUUAGCGGGGUUUGACGAAGGGAAGGAAGCCAUUGUGGAAGAAGGUGGAAUUGCUGCGCUUGUGGAAGCCAUUGAAGAUGGGUCUGUGAAAGGAAAAGAAUUUGCUGUUUUAACACUUUUGCAGCUUUGUGCUGAAAGUGUUACCAAUAGAGGUUUGCUUGUUAGAGAAGGUGGGAUUCCUCCUCUUGUCGCUCUUUCGCAAAAUGGAACUCCUCGAGCUAAGCAUAAGGCUGAGACGCUUCUUCGAUAUUUGCGAGAAUCAAGACAAGAAGCAUCAACUUCAACUUCGUAGAGAAGUAAUUGCGUAUUUGGGUUAUUAGUUAGGAAGGUAAUUAUACAAUGUAAUUGAUUAUUGUGUAUAUAGCGGCUUUGCUGGUUUGUACAGUGUGCCAAACAUUCUUGGAAGGAUGUUUAUUGAAGUUAGAAGAAGUUAGCAAUCUAUAAGACUAUAGACUGACCUUUAGAUGCAUGAAUAUAGCUAGGUUUGGCAUUUAGCUUUCCCUUGUUCCAAUUUGUUGUGUUUCCAGGAGUUACAUGGCGUGUGUUUGGAUUUCACCGAAUCCACUGUGUCACUAGCUCACUGCGUGGUAGCUUCAAAGCUUCAUAUUCAUGCUUCAACUACAUGCACGGUGAAUGCUUACCGACACCGGACCAAACACAAGCAUGGUUGUCUUUGAGCCUUUGGUUGAUUAGGUUUUUAAAUUUCUUUGGUACAGAUUACCCUAGUUUUGGGAAAAGGGUUUCUGAUUAUCAUUGUAUGUUUUACCUUCCCACUUGUUGUGAAAGUGCGGAGCUAGUAGCCUAGUACUUCACUGCUAUCUGGAUUAUGUUUGUGUCCAUAGCUCCUUUUGGUUAAAUUGGAGCUUGAGUUUUUGUGUAUUUUGUACUGAUGAUUGCAUGCAUAACUGUAAGCCAGUUACUCAGCUUCAUCUGUUUGCACUGAAAGUAUGUAACUCUCAACUGAAGUGUGCUGUUUUUGACAUUCAACUGUUGCUCAACAAACGUACACAUAUUUUCAUGGCCAGAAUUCCAUAUCUGAUACUCUGUCACGAAA